CUGUGCUAUGCGGCUGUUUCCCACUAGCUAUCUAUUUUACAUUUGGUAGUAUAUAUAAGUCCAUGCCACUCUUCCAACUCUUUUCAUGUUGCUAAGAUUACUCUGAUAGGCAAAAAACAAAAAGAAAAACAACUCAGCCUAAACCACACACCUUAUACAAAAAUCAGCUGAAAACAGAUCAUGGGGCUAAAACAUAAGACAUAACUUAAAACUUCAAAGAAAACAUAAGAGGAAAUCAUCAGGACCUAGAGUUAGGCAAAGAUUCUGAGAACUGACAUCAAAAGCAUGAUUCAUUAAAGGAAAAAUUAAUAAUUUUGUCUUCAUCAAAAUUUAAAACUUUUGAUCUGUGACAGACUCUAUUAAGAGGAUUAAAAGACAAGCUACAGACGGGGGAAAUGUUUUUAUACCAUAUAUCUGACAGAGGACUUGUAUCUAGAAUAUAAAAAGAACUCACCUAAUCGCAACAGUUAAACAACAAACAAUUCAAUUAGCUAUGGGCAAAACUCAUGAACAGACAUUUUACUGAAGAGUACCUAAAAAUGGAGGCACUGUGUCAUUCAUCAUUUCAUGCCCCCAUAUCACAUCCCAGUCACCCUCACUCCCAAGGUUACUUUAACUUUUUUCUCUUCAUUGUAGAUUUUCUUAAAUUCCAUCAGUUGAAUUUAGACACUUUUUUUUUUAAAACAAAAAUGUGGAGAAAGAAGUGUAAUACAGACACUUCAAGGGUUACAACACCAACUACCAGGAGAGUAUUGUCUGUCUGCUUGACUGGGAGCUCAGGGAGUAAUGUGGAGUCCAUCCUACAGAGAUGGCUAGAGCAUUGGGAACCCUUUUUUCCUUAAAGUAACUGAGGUUGGGAAGAGAUCAGGAGGCACAGAGGAUCAGCUCCACACCAGUAAGCGUAGAUUUGCACUGACUUCCGUUUUUCAGUGGCCGUCUACUCAGCCUCAAGAAACAAACUUUUAAUAACUAAGGCAUUAGAAAGCUGGAUUCAAUCCUGCCUUCAGGGACUUAACUCCUAAACAUUCAUCAGCAGGUAGCAUAUGCUAUUGAGUCUCAGAGACUCUUUUCUGUUACAACAGAAAAACUGUUAUUUCUGGAAAUAGGUAUGUGAACACUUUGGCCUCAAGCAGUAGGUGCCGGGGGGAUUUUAUGUUGCAGUGAAAGAGCAAGUAGAAUCAACCAAUCUUCAGAAUCAUUCAUUCAUCAGGAACUCUGCUAGGUGCUGAGGAUACAGUAGUAAGCCAGUCAUUAUCUCUUGUCACUCAGCCUCAUACCAGCCCUUCUUUAUCCCGAUCUGUAAGCAGGGUAAGGAGGCUACAAACAUUAUUUCCUAGGCUCCUACUGUCACUUGUAAGAACUAGAGAUCAACAGUGGGGGAGCAUGGUUAAGAGUUGUAAUACUUAGCUAGUACCUGAAACUACAGUAUUGUGAUGGUUAAUUUUGUGUCAACUUGACUGAGCCACUGGAUACCCAGAUAUUUUUUUUUCAUUGAAAAAUAUCACAACUUUUACUGUAAUGUUUUUUAAUGUUUUUAUUGGAGUAUAAUUGCUUUACAAUAGUGUGUUAGUUUCUGCUUUAUAACAAAGUGAAUCAGCUAUGCAUAUACAUAUGUUCCCAUAUCUCUUCCCUCUUGCAUCUCCCCCCCUCCCACCCUCACUAUCCCACCCCUCUAGGUGGCCACAAAGCACCAAGCUGAUCUCCCUGUGCUAUGUGGCUGCUUCCCACUAGCUAUAUAUUUUACGUUUGGUAGCGUAUAUAUGUCCAUGCCACUCUCUCACUUCAUCCCAGCUUACCCUUCCCCCUCCUCCUAUCCUCAAGUCCAUUCUCUAGUAGGUCUGCAUCUUUAUUCCCAUCUUGCCCCUAGGUUCUUCAUGACCAUUUUUUAAAAAUUCCAUAUAUAUGUGUUAGCUUACAGUAUUUGUUUUUCUCUUUCUGAUUUACUUCACUCUGUAUGACAGUCUCUAGGUCCAUCCACCUCACUACAAAUAACUCAGUUUCGUUUCUUUUUAUGGCUGAGUAAUAUUCCAUUGUAUAUAUGUGCCACAUCUUCUUUAUCCAUUCAUCUGUUGAUGGACAUUUCAGUUGCUUCCAUGUCCUGGCUAUUGUAAAUAGAGCUGCAAUGAACAUUGUGGUACAUGAGUCCUUUUGAAUUAUGGUUUUCUCAGGGUAUAUGGCCGGUAGUGGGAUUGCUGGAUCAUAUGGUAGUUCUAUUUUUAGUUUUUUAAGGAACCUCCAUACUGUUCUCCAUAGCGGCUGUAUCAAUUUACAUUCCCACCAACAGUGUAUGAGGGUUCCUUUUUCUCCACGCCCUCUCCAGCGUUUAUUGUUUGUAGAAAUUUUGAUGAUGGCCAUUCUGACCUGUGUGAGAUGAUAUCUCAUUGUAGUUUUGAUUUGUAUUUCCUCUAAUGACUAAUGAUGUUGAGCAUUCUUUCAUGUGUUUGCUGGCAAUCUGUAUAUCUUCUUUGGAGAAAUGUCUAUUUAGGUCUUCUGCCCAUUUUUGGAUUGGGUUUUUGUUUUUUGAUUUUGAGCUGCAUGAGCUGCUUGUAAAUUUUGGAGAUUAAUCCUUUGUCAGUUGCUUCAUUUGCAAACAUUUUCUCCCAUUCUGAGGCUUGUCUUUUGGUCUUGUUUAUGGUUUCCUUUACUGUGCAAAAGCUUUUAAGUUUCAUUAGGUCCCAUUUGUUUAUUUUUGUUUUUAUUUCCAUUUCUCUAGGAGGUGGAUACCCAGAUAUUUGGUCAAACAUUUUUCUGGGUGUGUCUGUGAAGGUGUUUGGGGAUGAGAUUAACAUUUGAAUUGGUCGACUUCGUAAAGCAGAUCACUCUCCCUAAUGUGGAUGGUCCUCAUCCAGUCAGGUGAAGACCUGAAUAGAACAAGAAAGGCUGAUCCUCUCUGGAGUAAUAGGGAACUCCUCCUGCCUAACUUCAUUGAACUGCCUUCAGACUUGUCUUUUCCUGCCUUCAGACUUGACCUGAAACAUCAUUGGCUCUUCUUGGUUCUCAAGCCUACUGGCUUUUGGACUGGAGCUACGCCAUCAGCUUCCCUGGGUCUCCAGCUUGCCAACUGCAGAUCUUGAGACUUCUCAACCUCCAUAAUCAUAUGCCGGGAGCCACUCCGUACAGAAAUCUCGCUGGGUUUCCCCGCCUCGGGCUGGAUUUCUGGUUCCGAGCCUUGUAAUGAGGCAGUCAUAAAGUGCGCCAACCUCCGGAGCUCCUAGAGAGAACAAGAUCGCGGAAAGGGCUGCUCGGCUUCAGCAACGGGGCUCAGAACGAUGACGCACUUCCGGUCUUUGUGGUUUGUGGGUUCUACGGGCGCUGCUGCCCUCGCCACGGAUCCGAAGCUCCCGGGACCCCGAAGGUACAUCCUCCUAAAGAAGGUUAAAUCAGGGGAUCUUAAAUCAGUGACCCCUCUGCCUCAGGCUGGAGUGAGCCCUUCUAAGUUAAUCCCAGAAUGGCUUCAACAGGGGAACAGGAUGGACUUAAGAUUGUGAAGGUGGAGGAAGACCCUAUCUGGGACCAAGGAACCUACCUUAAGAAGAACAGCUUUUCUGGCCAGGAGGCCUCCCGCCAACUUUUUAGGCACUUUUGUUACCAAGAGACUCCUGGUCCCCGAGAAGCACUGAGCCGGCUCCGGGAACUCUGUCAUCAGUGGCUGAGGCCAGACACACAUACGAAGGAGCAAAUCCUGGAGCUCCUGGUGCUGGAGCAGUUCCUGACCAUCCUGCCCGAGGAGCUCCAGGCCUGGGUGCAGAAGCACCAUCCCGAGAGUGGGGAGGAGGCGGUGGCUGCAGUUGAAGAUCUGGAGCGAGAGCUAAGUGAGCCAGAGAACCAGGCCCCAGACUGUGAAUAUGGACAUUCUGAAGUGCUCUCAGGGGAUGCAGUGCAUUUGAAGGCCAAGCAGGAAUCAACAGCUCUCCAGGUUCAGUCCAUGGUGACACAGCUCAAAUGUGAAUCUUUUGGGUCCCACAAAUUUGGAGAACAAGAUGGUGAAACUGUACUUGAAAACCAGGAUUUGGCAUCGAAACAAGAAGUCUUAAAAGAAAUGGGACAUUUUGAGAAUAGCAGACUCCAAAGAGAUGUUCCUUUAGAUUCUAAGUACAGAGAAACUUGUAAACAUGAGAGCAAGGUAGAAAAGCAGAGGGGACAUCCCACUGGAGAGAGACGUCACAGGUGCAAUGAAUGUGGGAAAAGCUUUACUCAGAGUUCAGUUCUCAUUCAGCACCAGAGAAUCCACACUGGGGAGAAGCCAUAUGAAUGUGAAGAAUGUGGAAAGACCUUCAGCCAGAGGUCAGGCCUGGUUGAACAUCAGCGGAGCCACUCUGGAGAGAAACCCUAUCAAUGUAAGGAUUGUGGGAAAGCCUUCAGUGCCAGCAAUGGCCUCAUUAGACACAGAAGGAUCCACACAGGGGAAAAACCAUAUGAAUGUGAAGAGUGUGGGAGAGCCUUCCGCCUGAGCUCAUACCUUGUUCAGCAUCAGAGGAUACACACUGGAGAGAAGCGCUAUCGCUGUAACGAGUGUGGUAAAGCCUUCAGCCAGAAUGCGGGGCUUUUCCAGCACCUCCGAAUCCACACUGCCUCAUUGACAGUGUCAUGAAGGAUUUUCAGUGCCUGUCAUCAGCAGAGCACCUAGAGAAGAAGGGAAGUUCAGGCAGUGAACAGGGCACUCGGCCACUCGGCAGGGGUUUGGGACACAGCAGAGAACCCUGCCUGAGAAAAACAAUAAGUAUAAUACAUAAACGGUAUAGUGUAAUAUAUAGGUGAUACAGUGCUUUGGAAACAGAAGAAAGUGGAGCAGGUUAAAGGAGUGAGGUUUCAUUAUCUAGGGUGGUCAGGGGCGGCUUCGUUAAGAGGCAUUUGAGCUAAGAUACAGAGCAGAUGAGGGAGUCAGCUCAGUGCUACCUGGGAGGGUAAUCCAGGAAGUGGGACCAGCUGGUGAAAAGGCCUCAGGGUAUAGACUAAAAAGCUUUCCCAUGGGGUUUCUCAGAUGCUCCUCACAAUCACCCAGAGAAGAGCAAGGCGUGGGCAUUUAACAUUCACACUUACAGUUGAGUAAACUGAGCUUGGUGACAUGAAGUGAUUGCCCAACGUCGCAUGCCUGGGAGGUGACAGUUGUCUGUAUGUGAGACUGACUCUCUGUCUAGUGCUCUUUCCUAUUAAGCAUCCAGAAACUUUGUUUCCCUACCUGGAAAGUUAUUAUUCUUCCUUAUCUAGAAAACAUAGGUGUUGCCACAUAACUAGUUGUCAAGUAAUUAUUUUGUGUGACUAGCUGUGUCCUGAAAGGAUUGGGAGAGGGGGUGGUGCACAUACCCUGUUGGUGCACAAGAGGAAGAAAUGGAGAGACUCCUGGAGGUCAGGUGAUGUUAAUGUGGGGUGGGAGGCACGGGGAGUGAGGGUGGCCAGGUGCAGGCACUCCGCAGGCAGCUAGAGCCUGAUGGGAAGGAAGGGCGGGGAAAGCCGCGGGGUGGGAGAUUGAGUGUCUUGGUAGCAGGGCGCUGCUGUGGUUUGUCCCUGUCCACUAGUGUUGCUGUGGACGAGUUACUUCACCUCUCUGUGCCCAAGUGGAAAGACAAGAAGGCCAGGCGGGUGUGUGGAGCUCUCAGGGGUAAGGCAAUGCAGGCGACCCUUUCUCUGGGUCUCUCGGUGCUGCUCCUCAGAUCGCCAAAUGAAAUUCACUUGUGGGGCAAGUCGGGGUCAGGAUGGGGUGGGGCUAGGAAAUGGAAGGGAAGAGCCAGGCUUGUAUGGAACAGGAACAGGAGGUCCCAGGAUUUGGGGGCAGCGGGGGAAGGGGGACAGUUUCCUAUUGGCCUCUUUGCACUGGAUGGGCCCAAAGCGUGGAGGCCGACAACAUGAAACAGCUUCCGAGCGGCCUAAAGAGACAGCGGAAGUGUCAGCCUAGCGGAGCGGAGAGAGGGUCCGCGGUGCUCCUUCGGCCCAAGACCCAAGGCCCCACCGGCGUUUCAAGAGUCUCGGUCGCGGGUCGGCCGGGUUCAGGUGAGUCCCUGGGCGAGCGGGACGGGCGGGGGCGGUGCAUCGGGCUCCAGGUUAAAAUCCAGGAAAGAGGGCGCGCAGUGCGGGUUGUGCCAAGAACGAAGGCCGGCCUUCCAGGAAUAGAUAUACCACGACUACUAAUAGAUACUUCUGUAGCGCUCACCACGAGCCUGGCACUGUUCUAAUCGCUUAACAGGUAGUAACUCAUUUAAGCGUCAAAAAAUGGUCUGUAUACGGGAAUUCCCUGGCGGUCCAGUGGUUAGGACUCCGCACUUUCACUGCCGAGGGCCUGGGUUCAAUCCCUGGUCGGGAAACUAAAAUCCCGCAAACCGAGGGGCGUGGCCAAAAAAAAAAAUCUAUAUGAUUAUUAUCAACUCCAUGUUAAAGAGGGUGAAACUGAGGCACGGAGAGGUUAAGUCACUCGCUCAAGGUCACACAGCUUGAAGGCCCCCUUUGUGCUCUUGACCCCAUUUCAGUAAGAAGCUAUAAAGUAUUACAUCAGUGCUGUCAAGGCUGUACUGGAUUCCGUUUUAACUGCUACCCUAGUUAGAAUUGAGAGCCCCGUUUCUUUAGCAGUUCUACUGAUAGACAUUGAGGUUGUGUCCUGUUUUCACUAUUAGGAACAACACUGCAGUGCCAGGUCGUGCACUUGCCUCCUUGAGCACAAGUGUUAAGUGCAGAACCAUAGCAUAUGCACAUGUUUUAAAAGCUUUUUUUUUAAUUACAAAGAAUUUAAAACGUUGACAAAGACUGAAAGAAUAACAUAAUGAACCCUUACAUGCUCACCCACCUUCAACAUUUAGCAGCUCUUGACCAGUCUUGUAUCAUGUGUGUCCCCAUCCACCCACUCCCUUCCCUUGUUAUUUUGAAGCAAAAAUAUAUACUGUUUUACCUGUAAAUAUUCCAGUAUGUAUCUCUAACAAAUACUUUUUAAAACAUAGGCAUAAUGCCUUUAUCUCAUAAAAGCUUAAUAGUUAUUCCUUAUGUCAUUACAUAUCCAGUAAGUGCUUACAU